AAGGCUGCUAUCAAUCUUUUGGCCCUUGGCUCGACGGCCUCCGCUUACACUAGCUCAUCUGCUGGUUCGAAGAGUGGUUGCUAUUGGAACACUGACGCUGGACCGUUCAACACUCGCUUUGGUCAUGACUUCCUUCAAGACCUUUAUGGAACAGUUCAGGAUCUGAUUCCCAAUACCUAUACUGUGAACCAAGGCUUGAACCCUCUUGCUCGUCGCUUUGAUCUUGUCAACAUUGGCCUCGAUUCAACUGAUCUUGCCUUGACCCUCACUGUCCCUGGUGGACAGACCACGGGUCCCAUCUCUACCGCUCAGCUUGCAACAAACUACGCCGAUAUCCUUUAUGCUUCUGUCCGCACCGUAGCAAAGAUUUCCAAUGUGCCGGGUACUACCCAUGGCUUCAUCUUUUAUGCCAACGACACCCAAGAGGUCGAUUUUGCGUUCUUGACCUCUGAUAUCUCCAAGGCUUGGCUUACUAAUGAGCAAACCGGUUAUGGCGCUCCCUACUCAACUUACAGUGUCGCUGCGCCUGCCGAUGCCAACACUGCUUGGCAUGAGUAUAGACUUGACUGGCUGCCCGGAGUCAGCAAGUUCUACAUCGAUGGAGUUUUGGUGCAGACCAUCACAGACAAUGUGCCAAGCACACCUGGAUCUUGGAUCUGGAACAAUUGGUCCAACGGAAAUGCUUGGGCUCAAGGGCCACCCCUAGCUGACAGUGUGUUGAAGAUUCGCAGCAUUGAUGCAUACUUCAACCGUACUUCUGUUGCGGACAGUAUCAACUCGGGUGCCACCACCUGCCCUGCUGUUGUCUCGUCAUCGUCGUCAUCAUCCAGCGUUGCUCCCACUUCAACAUCUGUUUCAUCCAGCUCCUCUAACCGUCGCUCUCUCAUCGAUUCUUACAUCAUCUGUUUCAAUCGGGUCGUCUUCCACCAAGCUACUUCGAUUGGUUACAUCACUUCCACACCCAAAGUCGCCGGCGCAACUACCACCGUAACUAUCGUCUAUCCCACCCCUGUCACCAGCUGCGGCAACCAAGGCAUCAACUUUGCAGCCUAUGCCAACAAGUACUCUGGCGGCCAAGCUACCUAUGGAUACCCCUCCUUCAUCCCCGAGACCUACAAGAAGGUAUCCCCGUACUUCUCCGACGACACGACAUACAUCGCCGAGUCCAACGAUGCUUCCGGCGACUACAUCAACGUCUAUGGCUAUUACCCUGUUGAUGGCUCUACCCUUGUGCUCGACCACACUUUCUAUCUCUUUGCUUCCCAGACUGGAUAUUACUCAUUGAAUAUUCCCUAUACCGAUGACAUUCAGUUUGUGUGGAUCGGCAAUAAUGCAGUUAGUGGAUGGACAAGAGCAAAUGCCGACAUCACACAAUUCUGGAGUAGUCAGAUUGCUACACAGACACCCCAGACUUUGGCUUACUAUCUCACUGUGGGCACAUAUCUUCCUGUACGUCUGAUGUGGGCCAACGGUGGAGGCCAAGGAGACCUCAGAUUCAAUGUCUAUGCUCCGGAUGGUAGCUCUGUGCUUUCGAGCAAUGCGGGACAGAACUCUGAGUCAGCAGCGUGGAUAUUGUGCAAUAUCCUUGCAACAGCGCUCUUGGAAAGCAGUUCCCUACUUGGGGCAAGGAAACUUGAGUAUAUAUCCCAAGUAUGGUGGGUGAGAGGCUGGGAGGACUGGUUAGAUGUCCAGGGUUUAUUGUGUAUAUAA